CGCAAAAAUCAUUGCAUUUACAGGCUACAUUACCUUGAAUUGUGAAUUUUAUCAUUAAAAUUAUAUUCAACUAGAUCACAACUUAUUAGUUCUAGAGACGAAUAUGGAGGAUACAGCAGAAAUCGCUUUAAAAACACUGUGUUGCACAUGCUUAAGUAACGACAGAAAGUUGUCUCAACUUUGCCGAAUAAAUGAUGGAGUAAACAAUCUAUAUUCGCUUCUAUCAUACGACUCGGAAGCUUACAGGGAAGGAUUCUACAAGGAAGCUGCAAGUCUAUUUAUUUGCUGGGAGUGUGCAGCGAUCAUGCAGAGGAUUGCCCGCUUUAGACGGCAGGCUUGUGUGGCGCAGAAACAGUUGUCGGUUAUAGCUGAGGGUCGGGAUUUAAAGUCCAAAAGUUGCCUCUCCCGUCUCCUCUGCUGCCACAAACAUACCUAUGACUUCACUAUAACCUCUGACAUACAAGAAACUGACAAUUUCAUAGACUGCGGCCCGGAAAUCAAGACUGAAACUGACAUGGAUGACAUACCACUGUCAGAGUUACAUGAUAAUUGUAUGUCAGAUAAUGACUGCCAUAUUGAAGAAAAUUACGUUAGAGAAAAGAAAAAAAUUGAAGAAAAUGUCAAAGUUAAAAGUAAAAGAAAGAAAUUGAAUGAAUUUCAGAUAGAUAAAGUAAAUAAAAAACGGAAAAGAUUAAAAAAGAAAGAUUACUUUAAUUAUAAAGAUUAUUUUGUAACAAAAGAAAUGGGUGAAGAGAAAAUGCUAGAGAGUAGGGAAAGAAGGAAAAUGGAGGAAAGUUUUGUUGGUGCAGCAUUCAAAUGUGAGUCUUGUGUGGAGGUGUUUAAGAGUCAGAUUAGCCUGGACCGACACAAUGAGAAUAAUCAUAUAGAGAAACCCGAUCAUGUACAGUGCCUCAUCUGCCUGUCAUACGUAAAGAACGACAGUGUGACCGCCCACAAGUCGGAUCACUGCUCGCUGCACUCCUGCCUUCUCUGUGACCACGCCUGCUACAGUGUGCAGGAAAUGAACAAGCAUUUGAAAGUUCACAAGCAUGUGAAGAGAAAUAAGACCGAGAGAGCUGGUAUUAAAUGUAGCGCGGUGAUGGGACUGCCCACAGAUGUGUACCCCUGCCCAGAGUGCAACAAGUAUUUUCAGAAUAAGAACCAGCGUUGGAAACACGUGCAGCGCCACCACAGGGAGGGGUACACGUGCGCCGCCUGCGGCAAGAAGUUCGCCUUCAAGAAUAACCUCGCCAGGCACGAGCAGGUCCACCAGGCGCCGCCUCCCCGCCAGCAGUGCCCCUCUUGCAACAAACUAGUCCGCGUCGACCUUCUGAAGAUCCACGCGAGGAUACACCAGAAGCGGGAGCAGUUCGAGUGCGUCGAGUGUGCCAAGAGCUUCGUCAGCCGAGCGUCGUACGAGCAUCACCUCAAGUACACGCAAGCGCACGCCAACAAGGACAUACUAAAGUACAAGUGCAGUGUGUGCGAGAAGGGGUACCGGUCCCGCGGCGAGUUGCGGGACCACGUCAACUACCAGCACAUAGGGCAGACGCAGCACAAGUGUCCCGUCUGCGGCAAGGCGCUGGCAACGCGCAGGUGCAUCACGCGGCACGUGCGGCGCGCGCACCACGGCCUCAAGGAGGGGCCGCGCGACAAGGUGUGCCAGCUGUGCGGGAAGGCCUUCAGGGAUAAAAAAGGGCUCCGCGAGCACGAGUUCAUCCACACGGGCGAGCGGCCGCUGUCCUGCGAACUGUGUGGAUGCACCUUUAGGCAGAGCGCCUCGCUUUACACGCACAAGAAGAGGGUGCACAAGAUAUGCCCUCCCAGGAAGACUGUCAACGUAAUCGCACCUAAUGCUAGUGGAAAUACGGUUGAAAAUGCAACAACUGAGUAGAAAUAUCAUUUCUGUCCGCCACAGUAUUUUCAUAUAAACAGGUUUACCAAAUAUCACGCUAGAUGGCGCUGCACCGGGUGCGGCGAUUCCUACAUCGCGCUAAUGAGAUUUUUAUUAGGAUUGUAUAUAAGUAAUAUAAGCAUUAUUUACUUUUGUCAAUGAAUGUCUUGUAUCAUUGGAUUAUUUGGAUUGGUGAUUGUACUUUAAUGAGGGCAACCGCGUUUAAUUUCGCCGCUAGGGGCGCUAGUGUAGAUGGAGGUCUUUCAAAAUGUCAAAUGCAUAGAAGUUUUGGGGGGUUUCAAGCUUUUUUAUCGGGAAUUUUCACUCCUUAUUCAUAAUUGUGGUAAAUCUUUGUCCAUCUUUGAUUAAUCAUGGUAAACAAUAGAUAUAGCUCAAAAAAUGUUAGUGGUUUAAAAAAAAGUGCCAACUAAAAUAUAUGCAAAAUAAAACGGGUUAAAAAAAUGGCACAUUUAGACGUUAAAAUACCUUUGUGUAUUAGAACGUAUUGAUUUUAUAAAAAUAAGUAUAUCAGAAUUUUGAGAUCUGUUUUUCUGGACCUACAUGGCGCCAACUGGUGAGCUCAAAAACGGUAGCCCUCAUUCGCCUACCUUUAGAUCCUAGCCCAACGGUUGACUAGUAGAGAAUGCAUUGAGGCAUUAAAUGCGCCAUUUGUACUAUCAUAUACCCUCUUAUACGAAAAAGUACAGCCAUUUGUGGAUAUUUAUGUACUGAUCAAUAACAUUAUUUAAUUCCACUAAUAAAAUAUACAUUACAAUUUUAUUAUAUGUGAUUAUAUCCUCUUAUGGUAACAUAAAUAUAAUUUUCAACACACUUGCUCAAAACUACGUUUUUACCGAUUUUUAGCUCAUAAUCCUAGAUAUUAAACACGCGUGCUUUUUCAGUAUAUUAUA